AUGGAAUAUAAUGUAUCAUCUGAACAAACGAUACAUAUUGCAUGGCAAAGUCUUUUUCAAUCAAUACCUGUGCGUGAUAUGAAAUUAAACCGGUGUUUAGCUUGUAAUCAAUAUACACAUAUUACAAAUAUUGAAUCAAAUAGAAUAUUAAUUAAUAAAAAUCUUCUUGAUGAUAAAACAGUUAAAAAUGCUUAUUCAGAUCCAAAUUAUUCAAAAAUAACUAAAAUUAUAUUACCAUGUUCAUCAAAUAAUUCAUCCAUGACACGUCUUUCGGCUUUACAAAGUGAAAAUUUUCAACGUGAAUAUGAAUUAGUACAACAACUUUAUCGACAAUCUUUAGAAGAUGCUGAUCAAGAAACAGAAGAAAAAAUUCGAAUGUACCAAUAUGAACAAGAACAACUCUUAAAAACCAAAACAGCAGAAAUUAAUAAACAAUUAGAUGCUUUUUUAAGUUUUAUGCGUUCGAUACCUCGAUAUACAUCAAGUGCUAAAACAUCGCCAACAUUACAAACAUCAAUUUCUUAUAUAAAUGAAAAUAGUAUGGAAUCAGGUUUUGGUUCGGAUAUUUUUGAUACUAAUGGAACAGAUUUAAGUCGACAAUCAUCAACUUUUGAACGAACAUUUUCUGAACGUACCAAUA